UUGGUGCACCGGUGGAGGCUUAGUUCUACGUCCGAAUGACCUUCAAUUCUUCUUAAAAUGUAUUCCUUUGAACGAUGGACUUCAUGUACACACUGAUACGAUUUUCUAAAACGUUUGCAAGGAUCUCCAACAGCUGACAUACUGCCAUUAUACUUUUUAAAACGACGUUCUUUUAUACGGUCUUUAAAAUCCCGUAUCCCAAAUCCCCUACAUACCCCUGUCUGGAACUAGUAGGCGCGUGGAUAUUCUUAAAGAGGUUGUUAGGUAUUUGUAGUGAAAGUGUUUCUUAUUGUAUGUGAAAGUGAAUUUUGUGGCUAUGUAAGUGACAUAAGUGUCGAUGACAAAUACGCAAAGAAACUACUAACUACGUCCAAAAUGGCACAGGACUCCGACGAUAUAAAUUUAACUAAUCAAGAACUGCAGGUGCUGUCGGAACUUGACAGUCGGCAGUUUGGGUUCUUGAAGUUAAACACGCCAGAACAAGCAAAGAAGAAAGAACUUGUUUUAAAGGCCGUGAAAUAUUUAGAGAGAAUGUUAGUUCAGGCCCAGAAUCAGAAAGAACGUAGUAAACACAUAGAGAAAGAUGACACAUUAAUCCAGAAAGAGAUAAAUAUUGAUCCUAAAACAUACUGCAAAUUGGGCCACUUUCAUCUCUUGCUUGAAGAUUAUGCAAAAGCCAUGUCAGCAUAUCAGAAAUUCUUCGGUCUGAAAUCUGAUUACUGGAAGGACGCAAAUUUCUUGUACGGGCAAGGUCUGGUUUAUUUCCACUUCAAUGCAUUCCAGUGGUCACAAUUUUUGCAAUUUAACACUAGACCGUCACAGAAUGUUUGGACUACGGGCCACACGUCGACUCGCGUCUUCUGAGCCGGCGAAGCUCCCGUUAGUGCACGCCAAACGACGUACCUAGGAAGCAAGUUGCUGCUGCUUUAGCAAGAUGGAGCAGCCUUCCAAAAUAUUUUGACUGAAUAAUUGAAUUGUUUUAUUCUUUAUAAUAUGCUUUAUAAAUGUACAGAUUUUAAUCUAUUGUUUAUCAAUUGUAGUUGACAGGAAAAUUUUGAAAUUUGUGGUAAGGUCUUAUGGGACCAAACUGUUGAUGUCGUCGGUCCGUAAGCUUACGCACUACUUGAUCUAACUUAAACUAACUUACGCUAAAGACAACACACACACACACACACACACACACACACACACACACACACACACACACACGAGGGAGGACUCGAACACACACACACACACACACACACACACACACACACACACACACACACGAGGGAGGACUCGAAUCUCCGACGGGGGGAGCCGCGCGGACCGUGACAAGGCGCCUGAGACCCGGAGGCUACAACGCGCGGCAAGUUUUCAGGGCUGGCACACCGUAUCAUAAUGUCAAAUGGCGGUUAUAUCUCUCCGUAAGUUAUGACUGUGACAUUAUGGCGGUUAUAUCUCUCCGUAAGUUAUGACUGUGACAUUUUAUGUAUUAGACGCGCGUAAUUAUAACAGCAAGUGCUACGUUUAUAAUCGCUGCAUCAUAUUUAUGUAAAAAGUAUGUGUAAUAGUUAAGUUCAUGCUGCUGUUAUACGGAUAUUAGUGAGUAGCAGAUGUGAUGAAUACUUGUCGUUAGUGGUGCUAUCUGAAUAGCUCGUAUGUCACGUAUGGAAUUACACGUAUUUAAAUCGUAUUUUAUAAUUUGAUUUUGAAUGUUAAUGUUUUAAAGACUAUCUGAUUUUUAUAAGUAUAAAGAGGCGAAAAAAUAUCUAAAUAAUAAAAUUAAAUAAUUUUCAAGGCAACUUCCUUAACACUGUCACCACCUGUCGGCUGACGCCCCGAUUCGGCAUAGUUUUUAAUGUUGAACAGAACAUUGUUUUACAAGUUCUAAGCUUGUUGGUGGCCAUACCUUUAAAAAUACUUUCUAAACUUUUAAUGUAUUAUCGUUUGUUACCUUGUUGUUGUAUAAUAAACUCCUGUCUCUUU